CUCGGAGAGCGGGAAUCAUGGCGACCUACGUGCAACUGAGCACCAAGGCCAAGAUGCCCAUCCUGGGGCUGGGCACCUGGCAGGCUCCUCCAGGGAAGGUGGAAGAAGCAGUGAAGUUUGCCAUCGACAUUGGAUACCGCCACUUCGACUGUGCCUAUUUGUACAAGAAUGAGAGUGAAAUAGGGGAUGGGAUACAGCAGAAAAUCAAGGAAGGGGUUGUGAAACGGGAAGAUCUUUUUGUUGUCAGUAAGCUGUGGUGCACUUUUCAUGAGAGAUCCCUUGUGAAGGGGGCAUGCCAGAAAAGCCUUGCUGCACUGAAACUGGAUUACCUGGACCUCUACCUUAUUCAUUUUCCUAUGGGAUUCAAGGCUGGUGAGGAGAUGCGUCCUGUAGAUGACAACGGUAUGGUUGUCCCCAGUAACACUGAUAUUCUGGACACAUGGGAGGCUAUGGAAGAGCUGGUGGAUGCAGGUCUGGUGAAAGCCAUUGGAAUCUCCAACUUUAACCACAAACAGAUUGAGAGACUCUUAACUAAACCUGGUUUAAAAUUCAAGCCUGCCAACAACCAGAUUGAGUGCCACCCAUACCUUACCCAGAAGAAGCUGAUUGAGUAUUGCCAAUCCAAAGGGAUCUCUGUGACCGCAUACAGUCCCCUUGGCUCUCCUGACAGGCCAUGGGCCAAGCCAGAGGACCCUAUUCUUCUAGAGGACCCUAAGAUUAAAGAGAUUGCUGCUAAACACAACAAAACCUCUGCUCAGGUUCUGAUCCGGUUUCACAUCCAGAGGAAUGUGGCAGUCAUUCCCAAGUCUGACAAACCACACCGUAUUGAGGAGAACUUUAAGGUGUUUGACUUUGAAUUGACUAAUGAGGAGAUGGAAACCAUCCUCAGCUUUAACAGGAAUUGGAGGGUCGUUGAAAUGCUCUUGUAGGUUGCUUUGCUUUUCUUCUGAAUCCUACAGAAUGCCAA